UCAUACUGUGUUUGUUUGUAUAGAUCGUUGAUACAUCGCUGCAUGUGCAAUGUUGUGUGAUUGGCAACGGGAAGGUAAUGCGAAGGUAUAGCUGCAUUACGACUUACGUUGAAGAAAUUAGAUAGUGAGGAAGGUUUUUUCAUGUUGAGAUGGAUCCUAUCGUGUUACAAAAACAGAUUCGUGAUAAUGCUCAGGAUGUACAAAAUUAUAUGUUGGAUUUAAAAAACUGGGAGGAAGAAAUGAAGAGGAAAGAACAACUAUUACAUGAAGAGUCAGCAGAUGACAAGGAUGCUACUCCAGUCCGGUCUAAAGUAAAGCGAAGUUCAACAGGUACCCAUACAGGAACAGAAGAUAACAGGAAACAGGACAAACCUAAAAAAAUUCCUUCAUAUGAUUAUGCAGCUUGGGAUAAAUUUGAUGCUGACAAAGCUUGUGAACUUGUGGAUAGGGAAAUGGAGUACAAAGUUGUAAAAGAUCAUAAAGGAAAGAAUUCAGAGAUUGCAAGUGAACAAAAGAUUAAAGAUGAAGCUUACUAUGAGAAAGAAAUGGGGAAUAAGUUCGUGAAACAACGGAAGUGGACUGAAGCAUUACAGUGUUACACAAGAGCUAUCGAACGGUACUCAUUUGAUGCCAUAUUCUAUGCAAAUCGGGCUUUGUGUCAUCUUAAACUACACAACUACAAAGCAGGAGAGGCAGAUUGUACAAGGGCCUUGGAACUUGACCCAAAGUAUGUGAAGGCCUAUCUCCGACGUGUCACAGCCAGGCUAGAAUUGAAUCUUUUCCAAGAAGCCAGAUCAGAUCUUCAAAAUGUCCUGGAGUUGGAACCAAGUAAUUCAUUUGCGGAAGGGCAGUUGUCAAUGUUAGACCGUAAACUGGCUGAAAAUGAGAAGAAAAUGGAAAAUGAAGAAAAGGUCCUUCAUGAGAAAAACAGUAACACUACUGUUAAUUCACUCAGUGGUACUGAUGAGAAUGAGAGUAAAAAUCUCCAUGGGCAGAACUUCGAAAGUCAGAAUGUUGUUCUUCCAGUGUUCAAGCCACCUCAUCUCCGUUCAAAGAAACCUCUUAAGCAUAUAGAAAUAAAAGAAGUAAUUGUUAAUCGUCUUAACGAAGAUAAAAAGGAACCACAGGUUGUUAGUGAAGACAAUACUUGCAUGAAUACAAUCCCUCGGACUGAAAACCAGGGUGAAGAUAAUAUACAAGAAGAGAAACUGCAUCCGCAAAAGAGAGCUGAUGAUUUGAAUGAAGGAGCUGACAUGCAGCUUCCUCCUGUUCCAGCAUCAUCUGUGCAGUUCAUAAGUGCCUGGAAUACAGUUAAAAGGAGGCCAGGACAAAGAUUUCAUUAUUUGAAGCAAAUUCCUGGUGACAAAAUACCCAGUAUUUUCCGUGAGUCAAUGGAGAGCAAUAUGUUGAGCGAGAUAAUAACAACACUGGUAGAAGAUUUUCUUCAACACAAAGCUGCUGUGUACCCUUACCUUAAAGGGCUGUCAGAAGUGAAAAGAUUUGGAGCUCUGACAAUGUUCCUAUCAAAGAGUGAUAAAUCAGGAUUGGAGAAACUGCUGGUCUCGUGUGAGACAAAUAAGGAAUGCACUGCAGAAGAAGCAGCUAACCUCAGAAACAAAUAUGAACUGUGAAAUAUUUAGCUUUUAGAAUGAGAUGUCAGAGAGAGAGAGAGAGAGAGAGAGAGAGAGAGAGACAUGUGAAUAAUGGUGUUUCAGAAACAUGUAAAUAAUUUUGUAUGCUAUGUGUUUCUUUGUAUUUGUGAAGUAAAUAACUUUGUUACAUAA